AUGGCUUUCAGGACCCAAAGAAUCUAUUGUCAUCAUGGAAAGGUAGAGACUGCUGCGAAUGGAAAAGAGUUGACUGCGGGAACAAUACACAUGUCAUCAAACUCGACCUCCAUGGUGCUUAUUACCCCAAUGGUACGAUUGCAUGAGUUAUUGGGUUCUUUGACUGAACUCAAAACUCUAGAUCUGUCUUAUGCGGGUUUUUGGGGCAAGAUUCCUCCUCAACUGGAGAAUCUCACAAAACUCCAACAUCUUGAUCUUUCUGAUGCUUAUGGAUUUCUUAAUGUGGACAAUCUUGAAUGGCUUGCUAAUCUCUCUUCAUUACAUCUCCUUAAACUGAAUCGAGUAAACCUUUCGAUGGUAAGCCUAGAUUUUUCUAGAUUGAUCCUUGGGUUUCCUCUUCUCACGGAAGUAGAAGCACGAUACUGCAAUCUCUUAGACUCCAUCCCAACUCCUCAUUUACCAAACUCUUCUUCACUUCGUUUACUUACAAGAGUUCUUCCUUGGGUGGCUCAUAUUGGUAGCCUUGAACACCUUGAACUCAGUUGGAAUCAUUUGCAACAUUGGGUCCCAUAUUGCCUAACAAACCUGGAGAACCUAAGAGAGUUGAACCUCUCCUAUAACCAAUUGAAUGGGACACUCUUGGAAAUCCUUGGAAACCUUUCUAAGUUGCAUGUACUUGUUGUCACUGGUAACCAAUUGAGUGGAACACUCCUGGAAAACAUUGGAAGCCUUUCUAUGUUGAGUGAACUAGAGCUUGGGGACUCUAGAUUUACUUCAAGGUUUUGGAAUAGUUUGCAAUCAACCAUAGGGGCCAAACUCGCUUUCAGUACAGCUCUCCAUCCUCAAACUGAUGGACAGUCAGAAAGAAUCAUUCAAACCUUAGAAGAUAUGUUGAGGGCCAGUGUUACAGAUUUCAGAGAAAACUUGGAUGAUCAUCCGUCUCUAAUAGAGUUUGUUUCUAACAACAAUUUCCAGGCCAAUAUCCAGAUGGCACCUUUUGAGGCACUCUAUGGGAGAAAAUGCAGAUCACCCAUAUGUUGGGAUGAAGUCGGUGAGAGAAGACUGUUAGGGCCAUAG